AUGUCUCUUGAUCAAAAAUUCGAAAAAAUUUUCAAAAAAGUGGAUGAAUUGAAACCACAAUUCAUUGAUGUCUUAGCUAAAGCUAUUGAAAUCCCAGCUGUCUCCAGUGAUGAGUCCUUGAGACCAAUGGUCGUUAAGAAAGCUCAUUUCUUAGCUGACCAAUUGAAGUCCCUUGGCUUCUCUGACAUUCAAUUAAGGGAGUUAGGUACUCAACCACCUCCUGUGAAUGAUCCAAAACUACAAUUACCUCCUGUCGUUUUAGCUCGUUACGGUAACGACCCAGCAAAGAAGACUGUCCUUGUCUACGGUCAUUACGACGUUCAGCCAGCUGCUAAGGAAGAUGGCUGGGACUCUGAACCAUUCACAUUAGUCGUCGACGAGGAAAAACAAUUAUUGAAAGGUAGAGGCUCUACAGAUGACACUGGUCCAUUAACCGGUUGGUUACACGUUGUCAGAUCCCACCAAGAAGCAGGUAUCGAAUUCCCAGUCAAUUUGAUCACUUGUUUCGAAGGUAUGGAAGAAUCUGGUUCUUUGGGUCUUGAUGAUUUGAUUGCUGUUGAAGCUGACAAAUACUUCAAGGAUGUCGACACUGUCUGUAUCUCUGAUAAUUACUGGUUAGGUACUAAGAAGCCAGUGUUAACCUACGGUUUAAGAGGUUGCAACUACUACCAAGUCACCAUUAAUGGUCCACAUGCCGAUUUACAUUCUGGUGUCUUUGGUGGUAUUAUUGCCGAACCAAUGAUCGAUUUAGUCCAAGUUAUGGGUACUUUAGUUGAUUCUCAAGGUAAGAUCAAGAUCGAAGGUAUUGAAGAAAUGGUCGCCCCAGUUACUGAAAAGGAACAUGAAAUUUAUGAAAAGAUCGAUUUCAGUGUUGAAGAAUUAAAUGCUGCGAGUGGCUCAAACACUAGCUUAUACAAGAAGAAGGAAGACAUUCUAAUGCACAGAUGGAGAUUCCCAUCUCUAUCCAUUCAUGGUGUUGAAGGUGCUUUCGCCGGUCAAGGUGCAAAGACUGUCAUUCCAGCUAAAGUUGUUGGUAAAUUCUCCAUCAGGACCGUCCCAGAUAUUGACUCUGAGAAAUUAACAAAGAUAGUUGUUGAACAUUGUGAAAGAGAAUUCGCUAAAUUAAAUUCACCAAACACUUGUAAGGCUGAAUUGAUCCACGAUGGUAACUACUGGGUUUCUGAUCCAUUCAACGCUUCUUUCACUGCUGCUGCCAAGGCUACCAAAGUCGUUUACGGUGUUGAACCAGAUCUCACAAGAGAAGGUGGUUCUAUCCCAAUCACUUUAUCCUUCGAAGAAAAAUUAAAGACCAACGUCAUGUUAUUACCAAUGGGUAGAGGUGAUGAUGGUGCUCAUUCUAUUAACGAAAAAUUAGAUAUCAGCAACUUCGUCAACGGUAUCAAGAUCAUGUCUGCUUACUUACACUACUAUGCUGAAUCUCCAGAAAAAUGA